GUACCGUACGUAUACCACCGUACGCUGAAUCGGUGGAAGAUGGCGCUAAUUGGAGCUCUGCGGUGAGAUCGUGAUUAGAAACAAGUUUUGGAGAACAUUGAAUCUUUUUUUCUACCAUGCCGCGUGUCCAGUACAGCCGACUGCCAAUGACGGACAGUGCAGAGAGCAGCCCAGCCAAGGAUUCCGUGGCUUUAGACUUCAGCUCUGUACACAACUUCAAGUCUGUGUUCUCUUACAGCAAGGCUGUCCCACCUUAUCUCAAUGAAGUGAAAGAAUAUAAGCCUUCAAUCAUAUCCUCUGUAUGCAGUACUGUGGUUAUUCUUUUGAGUUUUAUCUUGCUUCUCUUGACCUUUCCUGUAUCAGGAUGGGUAGCCAUAAAGAUGGUUCAGCAGUUUGAGAGGAUUGUUAUAUUCAGACUGGGUCGAAUGAGAGCACCACAAGGACCAGGAGUGGUUCUCGUCAAUCCUUUUAUUGAUAAGUGGCAGAUAGUUGACAUGAGAACCAGAGCCUUCAAUGUUCCACCGCAACAACUGUUGACGUCCAAUGGUGCUGCCAUCUCAGCGGGUGCGAUAGUCUACCACCGCAUCAUGGACGUGGCGCUGUCGAUAGCUUCCAUCCAGGACAUGAACCACGCCAUGCGGAACCUUGGACACACCAUCCUCCUCAACCUACUCAGCUCCAGGGAACUCUCUGCCAUCGAACGGGACAAAGCCCUCAUCAACGCUGAGAUGCAGGAUCUUAUGAACACUGCCACGUUGAACUGGGGCGUAGAAAUCAGCAGAGCAGAAAUUUCUGAAAUCACAGUGAUUCAAGACGCCACGUCAGCUUCUGUAGACUUCCAGAAGGUGACUGGAGUCCUGGGCCAAGUUGCAGGACAAAUGGCAGGACAAAUGGCAGCUGGAGCCAAACCCCAAAAGGGAGAGCCGUCAUCGGCCCUUGCAUCCCUCCUCUCCAUGGUAACCACAUCACCAAACCAAACCCCUGCCCUCACCAUGGCAUCCUCACCCAACACCUACCACCAACCACGCCUUACGGUACCCCAUUCUGUACCCGUCGCAUCAAACCUGGUGGAGCUGGGGGGUAAUACUCCAGCCACGCCCGAACAACUCAUCCAGCUGGUCCAACCGGUAUUGGACGAGCAGCUAGUGGAAGAAGUAGGUGCGGUCUUCAAGUUCAACGUGACCGGUGCAAGCGGUGGACUUUAUUAUCUGGAUUUAGCCAGAGGUGCAGGUCAAGUAGGUGUUGGACCACCCCCUUGCACCCCUGAUGUCACCCUAACCAUGUCUAUUGAUGACAUGCGGGCCAUGUUUGAAGGAGAGCUACGCCCCGCUGUGGCCUACAUGUCGGGUCGUCUGGAGCUUGAAGGGGAUAGGAAUAUCGCCAUGACACUGGAGAAAGUCAUCAGUAGAAUACGAGAGGGCCACAGGUGAUUGUGGAAGCUCUGGAUGAGAUCAAAAGUCAAUAGCUUCAUCGGGAUCAAGCAGCCUUUCAUCAGACUCCCAACUUAGUGACACUUGUCUGGUUUUAACUUGAAUUUGUGCUAUCAUUUUCUGUUGUUUAGAAAUGAGUACUGUACAUGUAUGCACAUGCUUUUUCUCUUGGAGGGAAUGAGAUUGGGUAGCUAAUUAAGUCACACAAACUGACAAAGGUAACUUUUGUAGGUUAUUAAUUUGAAUCGAUUCAUAAAAAGAAUGUCCUUUUGUAUAACAGGUUGAAAUCUGUAGAACUUUGAUAUUCAGAGAACUUAUACUUGAUAAUGAUAAUAACAGUGGGUUCUUAUAGAUAUGUCAAAUAUUACAGCAGACCUAAGCUCUUUAUAUAUGACAAGAUGGCUCUUGAUGGGACACAGUAACCAAUUUUUUUGCAAGGACUACUUUUCCUUUGUGGAGGUGCUUGACCAAGUAGUCUAAGGUCCCUGACUACACACUGGAAAGUCCAGGGUUCAAAACCUAGCCAUGUUACCCAUACCCCUGAGUGAAGCAUUGUUUUCUGAAUUUGCUCUGUCAAAUGUUGAUGUCUUUUGGAAUUAUUACCUUAAAAGUCAAUCACAAACAAUCAUGUGAUUGAUACAUGCCUAUAAAAACUCAAUUACACACACACACCUAGACCACAAGCUAUUUACAACAGGGGGAUAUUAUAAAGUGGACUUACAUUAAUCUUUUUUUUUAUUUAUUUUUUUAUUUAUCUUUGCGUCAAUCCUCGCUCAUUGGCCUUGGACAUUCUGUGUUCUCUCUCAAUAUCCCACUUGUGCUGUAAUAUGAAAUUAUUCCCUAUCUAGAAAUUACUUUUCAAAAAUAUUGGAAUUUUAGGCCUGGAUAUCUUGGAUAUAUUAUUAAGUGAAUCAAUUUAUAUCAAUGAAUUUGUAAGAUUUGCCUUACACAAACAUUUUAAGUCAUAGCAUGAAAUUGGAAUAUUGAUCGAAUGAAGAAUAAUUCCUCCUUGAAUAUAUAGAUAUGAGUGCGAGAUCAAGGUAACAAAAAAGGCACAAGUAAAAAGGAAAUGACAGUUUAAUAAACAUCAAAGAUGCUGAAAGGGACAAAUGGAAGGGAAGUUGGAAAUGUUAUUUCCCCCGAGAUAUGCUGCUAUCUACAAUGAUAUCAUUAUUUUUGUUAUUAUUUUGACAUUGCUAUGCAUGGGAACGUAAUGGUGCAUGAUUUUCUUGGAAUGCUAAUGUACUUAAUGUGUCACAUAUAAUUUCUACUUAUUGCAAUAUAAAGUUAUGUACCAUAUUUAUGCAACUGGAUGUACUAGCAUUACAAUUAUUUAUUUAGCAACACAUUGCAAGUGUUUCCCUCUUUAAUAAUCAUAAUAGUGUACCUGUUUUCUGUCAGUGUAAGUUUAAUGUGUAUAUUCUAGAUUUAAUUUGCAUGCCAACUCACAUUACACCUAUCGUUUUUGUUUCCUAGUACUCGCGUUGUGUUUGUGCUGUAAAUAAUUGUGAUGUAAAGUAUUAUGUGUACGAUAGAUUUGUAGAUAAUAAGAAAUAGUUUUAUUGUGUAAAUAAAAUACAUGUACAUGGAGACAUAGUAUAUAUUUUUAGUAUACUGUUAUUGUUUAGUCAACUACUAGUAUGAUGCCAAAAAUCAAUUCACUUUGAUCAUUGUUAAAAGGGGUAUAUUACAUAAUUGACCUGUGAUUCAUUGAAUAGAUUCAGAUUUAUUUACAACAGAACAUAAAGAAUAAUACAAAUUAUUUUCAUACAUGUAUAACAGACAUUUACAAUACAAAUCAUUGUCAUAAUUAUAUUUAAUAGCAUCAAUGAUAAUUAACAUAUAAAAAUAUUUACAAAAUAUGAUACAUUUUGUUGACAAAUUAUAAUAUAUAAUUUAAAUAUGAGAAAGGCCCGAACCAAGGCAAAGGCACACUCAUCCCGUGCUUGGCUUCAGCUCCCAGUGGGAUGUGUUCACCGAUUUCUUCGCAGUGGAAACUAUGCUAAAAUUAUUUUUGCAUAAAGUUUGUUCAAGCAAUCUUACCUCAAACAGAAAAACAGCAUGUUGGGUCAAAGCACUAUUCUGAAAUAAAAAAUCCUUUAACAUCUCCUUUCCUUUGAUUAAAAAGAAAUUAGACAAGAUUACAUUUACCCUUUUAUCAAGGCCUCCAUCUGAUAAGUGUAUAGGGUCUGAUGCUAAAAGACUACACUCAUGAACUACCUUGCCAACUUUCCUUGGCAUGAAAACACAUAAUUCAUGUCAUCUGUUUCAAGAAAAAUGUGUAUGAUAUAUGUGUAUGAUUCAAAUAAGUUUUAUAUCAAAGCCUGUACUGAUUUAAUCUCAUCAAUGUACUACCCCCCCCCCCAAAAAAAAAGAAGAGUAUUUCUUGAAGAUGAUGCAUGUCCAUUACAUUUAAUUUUGUCUUCUAUGAGUCAGUUGCCAAAGCACAAUGUACAAUCAAUCUCAAAGACAUUGUGGGAAUUAAAAUCAAGAGCAAGGCUGUUUGUGGAUAAUUGUAAA